UCUCAGGUGGAUCCGAUUCAGCAAAACUCUUACCAAAAACGAGAUGCUACGCUGUUUCUGCUCUGUUUUCUUGCCAGAAAAAGAAGACCAGUUCUAUUUUCUACAUAAUUAUAAAGCAAAGAGAUUACAAAGACAAUAACAAGAGGAAAAAGAAGAUCUCUGUUUACAUUAGCAAACAUCACAAACCGCUCCGUUUUUAACGACCAAAUCCAUUCCAAAGAGAGAAACAUUGAAUUUGAAUAGAUCCCAUUAAGAUUCUUUUUGAUUCAUCCUCAUCUUCAUUUUCAAUUUUUCUUAUCCACAAAAGGGUCAAGAGUUUUUUGGAGGAGAUUAUUGCAGAUAUAUAUUUAUAUAUAUAUACAUACAUAUAUAUAUAACGGGUUUUAGUAGUUCAUUUGGAUAUAGAAUUGGCCAUUGGCAUUGGGUAAUAAGGAUUUUGAGUUCUGACCUCAAAAUCUCUCCUCUUCUCGUCUGCAGGCCUGCACUUGAUAAACACAACAAAGGAUCGCGGCACAGAAAAAGUGAUGAAGAUGGAAAGUGUUUUUUGGGGAUCUGAUGACCUUGUUACCGAGAAAAUUCCUCUCCCUCCACCACCGCCGUCUGGAGCAUCAACCGGUUAUUGUAAGAGGUCAGUGACGAACAGAUCAUCAUACUGCGUCCCUACCGCGAUGAAAGAUUCGUGGGAUCGCCUCUUUGAUGAAGGUUACAGAGCGGAUGUAUUCAUCCAAACAGAGAAUGGUGGCAUCAUUUAUGCGCAUUCUAGCAUUCUUGGCAUGGCUUCUCCUGUGAUGAGAGACAUGUUAAAGCAAUCAAGAAAGAGAGGUCAUCAACAAUCAAUCUCGAUAUUAGGAGUUCCAUAUGAUGCGGUUCAAGUUUUCGUUCGAUUCUUAUACUCUUCCUGUUUUGAAAAGGAAGAUAUGGAGGAAUUUGCCUUGCACUUGCUGGUACUUUCGCAUGUCUACGUAGUUCCGCACUUGAAGCAAGAAUGUGAGCGGCGGCUAGAGGACGGUUUGCUCACCACAGAGAAUGUAGUUGAUAUAUUUCAACUUGCAUUGCUGUGUGAUGCGGCUAGGCUUAGUGUACUUUGUCAACGUAUAAUCGUUAACAAUUAUAAAUCUAUUUCAGCUACCGAAGGAUGGACAGUGAUGAAGGAGAGCCAUCCGGUGCUAGAAAGUCAACUCAGAAGAUUUGUGACCGAUGCAAACAGUAGGCAAAAGGAAAGGAUCAAAAAGAGAAAUGAGAGGAUGAUCUAUUUGCAACUAUGUGAGGCAAUGGAGGCUCUUGUUCACAUAUGCAGAGAUGGUUGUAGGACAAUUGGUCCUAAUGAUAAGGACUUAAAACCAAACCAGGAUCCUUGCAUAUUUGCAGCCUGCAAGGGACUCGAGUCGCUUGUUCGACAUCUCGCGGGCUGUAAAUCGAGAGUCCCUGGUGGCUGCAUUCAUUGCAAGAGAAUGUGGCAACUUUUGGAGUUACACUCUCGCCUAUGUGCAGAUUCUAAUGCUUGUGGAGUUCCUUUGUGUAGGAAUUUUAAGCAGAGAAGUAGGAAGCAGUGUAAGAAAGAGGAGACCAAGUGGACAAUAUUAGUGAAGAAUAUUUUGAGAGCAAAUGCCAUCUCAGGAAGGCCAUUCUUUUCUUGGGCAAUUGACUAUUUCUUCAUGACAGAUUGAUCUAGCUAGUUAUGUUAGUUAUAUUGUGUUAAAAGCCUCGAUAAUGACAAUUCUUUUGUAGUGCAGUCAAUCGCUAUGUACAAUAAAUAUGAAGCAAAUUAGAAUCGCAUUUUUUUUCCAUGCGUAUCUUGUGCUAUUAAAGAUUUUGUCCAAUUCUAAACCAUUGAUAUUUUUGACCAA